ACUGUGCGUUUACUACCGGCAUGUAAACAUGGGAUGAAAACAGCCUUGAAAUUUAUAUUUAUGAAUAAAAGCGUGACUUGUAAUUUUUCGAUCUUGGAAUGCAUGUGCAUGUUUGUACAUAAUUUUCACUCUAGUUUUCUUUAAUGGUGAUAAUCCGGUACACUUAAGUCGUAGUUGUUUACGGAAAAUGCCCCACAGUUUGGAGCUAAUAUCGAUACUUGAGAGGUAACAGGAUGAUCUCUCAGGUCUUCAUAUUGUCCUCGAAGGGGGAUCGUCUGAUCUUCAAAGACUUCAGAGGAGACGCUGGGAGUGAUGUCAUCAAUAUUUUCUAUGAGAAAGUCACUGCUCUACCAGGAGACCAACCUCCUGUUGUGAUGAGUCACAAGAGUCUUCACUUUGUCCAUGUGCGGCAGGCGGGACUUUACUGGGUGGCCACCACUACCGCCGAGUCCUCCCCAUUUACUAUCAUUGAAUUUCUCAACAGGUUAGCCUCACUGGUCCGGGACUACUGCGGCUGCCUGACUGAGAAGUCUGUGCAGAUGAACUUUGCUCUGAUCUAUGAGCUCUUGGACGAAAUUGUUGAUUUUGGCUACAUCCAGACAACAUCGUCUGACAUGUUAAAGAACUUCAUCCAGACUGAGGCGGUCUCCUCUCGACCUUUCAGCCUCUUUGACCCCAGCAAUGUUGGUCUGUUUGGGGCAGAGACGCAACAGAGUAAAGUCGCACCGAGUUCAGCUGCAACCAGACCCAUUCAGACACGUGAGCAGGGAGGCAAGAGUGAAAUCUUUGUGGAUGUGCUGGAGAGGAUGACGGUCGUGAUCGGCUCCAAUGGAGUCUUGAUGAAGGCGGACGUGGAAGGAGAAAUUAAAGUCAAGUGUUACACUCCAAACUGCUCUGAGAUCAGGAUGGGACUGAAUGAGGAGCUCAGUAUUGGGAAGACUCAGCUCCGGGGUUACGGGGCGGCGGUCCGUGUUGAUGAGUGCAGCUUCCAUCAGGCGGUCCAACUGGACGAGUUUGAAUCUCACCGGAUACUGCGAUUAAGUCCGAGUCAAGGAGAGCAAACAGUGAUGCAGUAUCGUUUGACGGAUGAUCUUCCAUCUGCUCCUCCGUUUCGUCUCUUCACCUCCAUUGAGAGAGAUGGGAACGGAAGGCUGUUGAUCUUUCUAAAGCUCCGCUGUGAUCUUCCCCCAAAGAGCUCUGCCAUCAACGUAGCUGCAGUCGUCCCAGUUCCGAAAAGCUCUGUCAGUGUGUCGCAGGAGCUGAGCAGUCCCGAUCAGAGCGCCGAACUGAAGCCAGAAAACCGAGCCAUCGUAUGGAAAAUCCCGCGGUUUACAGGAGGGACGCAACUGAGUGCUCUUUUCAAGGUAAACACGCCUGCAUGGCCAGGAUGUUGCAGAAGAUUACAUGUAUGCAUCCUGCUGCAGGUGGAGGUGUCGGGUUUCAGCUCUGCCUCCAUGCUCGAAGUGGGUCCUUUAUGUUUGAGCUUCGAGCUGCCAAAGGUCACCGCCAGUGGCCUGCAGAUCCGCUUCCUGCGACUCUCGCCCGUGCAGGCUGGACCGCCACUCAGAUGGGUUCGAUACGUCACUCACUCCGACUCCUACACCGUCCGGAUUUAGACCAGCGACUGUGAGGGAGAAGGAGCCUUGAAUGUUCUCAUUUUCUCCAAAAAUCUUAAUCUGUCACCAGAGACCAAAACAGUUGCUGAAAAAUGAAGUUUUUCUGACUUUAUAUUCCUUUAAAGCCUCUCCUCAAUGACUUAUGCAUUUUUGUUUAAGGACCCGUCAAUAACCUUUAGUGGCUGUUGGUUUCAUUUUCAAACCAUCACAAACAACAGAGUAGCAACGUUCUCUUAAACACUGCAAGAGAAUUAUUGCAUGCGGCAAAGUGCCCCUCAGGCUACAGAUUCCAGGGUGCUGAUUGGAUGAACUCCUGGGGCCAUAUGACCAUUUCAUGUCUGCGACUGGAUGAGCUGCUGUGCUGAAGGGAUAGGAUUUGUUGCAUAUCACUUGCCCCAAUAGCAAUAUAUAACAAACAGCAAUCUAUUUUCAAAAUAUGAUUUAUAAUUUAGAGGUGAAAUGUUGUUCAAACAUGCAUAUAAAAUGCUGCUUCCUGUGAAAAGUUGGCUAACCCUGGAUAACCGUUGCAUGUGUUUCACACUCAAGAUGUUUAUGGUAUGCUAUUAAAUUGAAUUAAAAAUAGCAAUUGAGUUGAGAUAUGAAUAUGGUCAUCACCAUCCUACUUCUGAAACCAUUUGUGCUAGAGUAGAAGGCCGAGAAUGUCUGCAAACUCUGGUCCUCCUCGACACCAGUAGGUCAGGGCAGUUGACCAAGUCGGUAGGUUAAAUAGAAGCUCAGAGAUGUUUAUGUUUCAUGAAAGUGUCUUCCCUGCCUGCUGCUGCUACAAUUGAUACCUAUUUCUCUUCCUUUGGACCAAUGUGUCGCAGUCAAGGCUUGCAGCCAAAUCUGGAAAAAAAUAAGCAUCAGUACAGAUGGCCUCCUGUACAUGUCGAUGCUCUGACCCAUGAACUUUUCAGUGUCCAAGUUUUGCUGUUUGUUGGGCUGUUUUGUGGCUGAAAAAUCCCGCAGAUGGAAGAAAGUGAAAAAAAAAUGGCAACGCGGAUGUAUGUUUGUGCCUUGAGGAGGAAGAAAAAACAGAGCGCCUCUUGUGUCAUAUAUCAGCUGUGAAAGUGCAAUGUCUAUGCUUUGACUCAAACCACGAUGAAGCUAAUAGUAGCCUUCCAGAAUUACGUCAGAGAAUGAUGUAACAUUCUUUUUAGGCUCUUAGGCAAUCCAGUUAAUUUGGCUCACGACUUUUGACUGCAUGAACUUUGGCACCGCUGAUAAAGAGGAUUUCAAGUAGCAUCACAUGGCUUUUCCACUGUGGUAUGGAGAAGUUGUUUUAGGUGUGAAUCCUCCUACAGUUGUCGCUGUAUGGACACACACCGAAACGUGCUGAGUGGCUAUUAUUUUGCCAGAGCUGUGACUCAUUAUUCCCAAGAUGUUACAGGAUUUGUCUCAAACUUUUCUCUAUUAAAAUGAAGAAGAGGAGGACAAGCAACUUCUGAAUUUAUCCACUGUUUCAUUGACUUACAGCUCCUUUAUAUUUUCAACUAGAAACGCCAUUCAAAGCUUAAAAUGUAGUCCUCUGUAAACCUGUAAGCAAAAAUAUGUACCAAUAAGUCACAUAUUUUUUCAUCAAUUCAGCUUCAAACACCCACAAGUAACCCACAAGUUGCCCUUUGCCUGUAUUUAGGUGGCCCUCAUGAAGUCAGAGUGAAACUAUGAAAGUGAUCAUCAUUUUCCCCUUCAUUUCUCCCACUAUUUCACACGAGACAAGAGAAAUGGCUUUAAUUGAAUUUUUUUUUUUAUAAUACUAUGUUGUGCCUCAAAAUAAAUGACAAAAAUUAAAUUCUUUUGUAAUGUUCCCUGGUAUCAUAUUUUCAGGCUUUGCUCUUAACUCUGGGAUUUGCUACUAAAUAAUCUUCACAGACUUAUACCAAAGAUUCUAUCGACAUUCUAAGAAAUAUAGUCAUAUAACCCAUUUUAUAAAAUUAUUAUACUUUUUGAAAUCUCUGCGCAUUUCAUUAACUUAUUUACAUAUUUUAAUUUUCAUUUUUUGAGGAAUUUCUCCUGUCUUUUGGUCUGCUGUCCCAGUAUAACAUGUCUUAUAGGAAGUGUAAUUGCCCACUCCUGCUGUAUAGUGGCACCCAGUGAAACAACACACAGUGAGCAGACUUUUUUUUAAAUGUUUGAUUCACAUUUUUAUGCAUGUGUUGUUUCCCGGACAUCAACAGUGAGUCGCAACAGAUCGGUUCUUUUUUUUUUUUUUUUUUUGUAAAUGGAAAAAAUAAA